GCGUCCUCGAAAACAAAGCGUAAGCGCGCACCAGUUGCCACGGGCCAGUGACGUACGGAUGCGAGGCUGCCCCGAGGCACCACGAUUGCAUUAGUGGCACAAUCUGCGCUAAGCGUUCCACCCGCCACAGUCCGCUGCAGGACAUGGGGCAAACACUGCUAGCGAGUGCUGUGUUUUCCCCGGGAAGGUGCUGGAGGAUGCCAAUAUCUACACCGAAUGUUUUUGCAGUGCAUUGACGCUAUCAGAGAGGUAUGGAGCCAUAGCUGAUCAUUCAGCAUUUCCCUCCAGCACAACACAGCCCACCUGUACAACUAACUCCUUCAUGUUCUGGAAUUCAUCAUGGUGUAUGGGCAGGUCCUGCACCGCCGAGGUCCCGAGGACAACUUCAUCAACCUCAAUGUCGGCGGCUUUAAGCAGCGCGUUGAACGCGUUCUCAUUCAGCGCUUCCCCCAGACGCGGCUUGCCCGACUGCUCUACUGCAGUUCAGAGGCUGCUAUUCUGCAAAUUUGUGAUGACUAUGCAGCAGCCAACGGUGAAUAUUAUUUCGACCGUAACCCACGUUUUUUCCGCUAUGUGCUGAAUUUCUAUCAUACUGGAAGGAUCCACCUGAUGGAAGAGUUGUGUGUAUUUAGUUUUAGUCAAGAGUUGGAGUACUGGGGUAUUAAAGAACUUCACCUCGACGCCUGCUGCAGCAACAAAUUCCAAGAACAGAAAGAGUGUGUUGGAGAUCAUGAUUGGGGAAAUGAUGAGGAUCUACAGAACCAGCUGCAGGACAGCCUAGACUCAUCCAUGGAGGAGUUAUCUGCAUUUGAUAAAGACCUGGAGAAAUUUGAGGGCACCUGGUGCUCGGAGAGACGCAAGCAGCUCUGGCUGAGACUGGAGAAUCCUGGAUAUUCCCUUUUUGCAAAAAUAAUAGCAGUGUUUUCUCUGAGUGUGGUGUUAAUGAGUAUUGUAGCCAUGUGUGUUCAUAGCAUGCCCGAGUUUCAUCAGGUUGACGCCAAUGAGAAAGAGGUAGAGAACCCGGUGUUGACAGGGUUUGAGACUUUUUGUGUUCUGUGGUUCUCCACUGAAUUCAUUUUACGAUUAGCUGUCACACCAUGCCUGCGCAAAUUCGUGUGCAAUGCACUGAACAUCAUUGACUUGGCGUCCAUCGUUCCAUUUUACGCCACGCUGGCAUUCGAAACCGCUGACGCUGAGGAAAGUGCGGAGCUGGAGAACGUGGGGAGGGUCGUGCAGAUCUUGCGCCUCAUGCGCAUCUUUCGCAUUCUCAAACUGGCACGGCAUUCUGUCGGGCUGCGUUCGCUCGGGGCGACUCUCCGUCACAGCUACCAUGAGGUAGGACUACUCAUCCUGUUCCUCUCUGUGGGAAUCUCCAUUUUCUCUGUGCUCAUAUAUUUUGUGGAGAAAGAAGAUGAGGACUCGGAACUUCAGACCAUACCGGUGGGCUGGUGGUGGGCGACCAUUAGCAUGACCACGGUGGGAUACGGAGACACGUAUCCGGUCACUCUGGCUGGGAAGCUCAUCGCCACUUUGUGCAUCAUCUGCGGCCUGCUUGUGGUUGCUCUUCCCAUCUCCAUCAUCUUCAACAAGUUCUCAAAGUACUACCAGAGACAGAAAGCCCUGGUGGAGCUUGAUCAGCUCAACCCAGAGGAUGAAAAACAGCCAGAUCCUAGCAUGCCAUUCCUUCAUAUGGGAAGCAUCUUCACGCAAAAUAUGAAUUCUCAUGGACUUAGCGCAUCCUCUAGGAGUAGUGAGGGAAGCAUCACGGAUGCUUCCAGCAUCCAGGAUGUAGAAAGUGCCUACCCUGCUGGGAUGAAACAGUCUGAGAAAGCAACAUGAAAUCAACAUGCACGCACAAUCUCAGAUGAGUGGAGGAGAAGAAACAAAAAAGAAACCUGCCUCAUCGGUCAGAUAUGCAGCACAUGGCAAGGAACACAAGUCCGGGACCUUUGGAGGUUUGAGAACCUCCUGAACGUACCAGCUGGACCUUGGAAAAAUCAACAGCACUUUUUCUCUUUAGUUCUCAGGGUGAUAUGUCUCAUGCUUUCCAUUAUUUAUAAAUCAAAACCCGUAACCAAUAAAAGGCCAGUGCUUGCAGUAAUGUUGAUGCUGUAUAUCCAAUUAAUUAACAGCAUUGAUUGACAGGUGUGUUUUUUGAAACAAGCUGUUCAGUUUAAUUAAAAGUGUUUCCACAGUGCCUGUGGGACAAGAACUAUUCCUAAAUGUUUCAUAGGCAAUGACAGCAUUUAAAAUGCUGGACUUCAGAUGGCAUGUUGCUGUACAGCAUCUCCCUAAUGUGUCCAUCAGAGGGAUGGGAGGAAAGAGUGCAUGCAUAUUUUAAUAAGUGGGAGAAGCCAUAAAGACAGAAACUGGAAAGAGAUGUUACAGUUAAAUAAAGCGUUGAUGUACAGCAUAUUCAUUGAUUUGGUUUUGUGAUCACUGCAUUAGUCCAGACGAAGGUCUUUAAUAAAUUGCUUUAUGCGAAGUCAAUUUUUAUAUGAUCAGCCCUAAAUCUCUAGAUGAGAGUAAUGGAAAUUAUUGUGUCUUUAUUUGGAGAAAAUAUAAAUGAUCAAAUUCAACAACUCAAAUUCACGUCCUCUGAGGGAGCACAUUCUCUCCACAUCUUGCUCUCUAGCGUGACUUAUGUCAGUAAGCUCAAUUUUCAGCAGGAAGACGAGUUCAAAUGUUAGGACUGUCUUCAGUGGUGGAUGUAUUACUGCUGAAACGGCAGUCUUUUGGCAAGUAGCUUUAACGUAGAUGAAUCAUCCUCCGUUUGAGACAUGCCCAUUGAUCAAUGUGUCACGCUUGUGUGCUCAAGUGUUUAAGGACAGACCUGAAUCCAUCAUGAGUGACAUGAGAUGUGCGGUUGACCCUUUUCAGCUUCAGAGAUGUGAAGUUUCAAGGGGAGUUUCACGGUAAAUAGAAAUAUUAUUUUAUUUCUUGAGCAUGGUAAAAUUCAUAUUUGGGACAUCAGUGGUGUAAG